UCCGUUCUUUGUGCUUUUGCUAACCACAAAAGCUCUUCUUCCAGGGCCUUCAAUCUCAAUCCGGGCCAAAGAAGUUCCCUUUCGUUGACGUUCAGAAUGCGUGAUUUUGAUUUUGAUGUGACCGACGACGGUGUCGUCUCGAAUUGAGUCUUGGCCAAUUGAUGUUUUCUGGUGCAUAUCUCGCUCGCUUCGUCGCUUCUGUUUUCUGCUUUGACGAGUGGCGAACAACCGGAUCCGAAAUCAAAGAGAGGAAUGAUUGAAUUAGAAGAAAUUUUUUAAUGUGUACUGGUAAUGAAUAAAUUUUCCGGGUCAACAAACAACGACGAGGAAGAUAAAACCGUGUUUGCUCCAUGAAACAGAAGAACUGAAAGGGGAAUCCGCGGAACAUUCUUCGUAUUUCUCUCGCGGCUCAAGUCAAAGAAACGGAGGGUGGUGGUUAAAAUUCUGAAUUUUGAAUAGCGUCGUGAAGAUUAUUGCUCCCGAUCUUUGCUGUGUUUCGGAAUCUAGUGCGAAGGUUUGGUCUUUUCUGACCAAUUAUCUCUUCGACUUGUUGGAUGAGCUGUAUUUAUAGUUUUAAGUGAAUGAGAUGAAUACUUGAAGGCUAUGUUUUGAUCCAUGGUUAGAGAAGUGGGUUUCUUUAUGCUCCCCAGAUGAACAGGGGAUUUCAUGCGGCCACCGUAUGUUUUUUGUCAUUAAGGGACAUUCAGUCAAUAUGUGUGUCUGGUGUUUUCUGUACAUGAUUUUAUGUCAUUGAGGAAGGUUACAUGAAUCUUUGUUUAUUCCGCACAACAGAAGAAGACGUGUGGUGCACAAGCGUAAGUGAUCAGUAUUUCAGAUUUCUGGCAGGUGUUAAUUCUAUGAAUUAUGUUCAAACAAAUACUCAGUAAGCUUCCUCGAAAGUCGUCUAAAUCCUCUGAAUAUCGGGAACACGGUGGAAGUGGAAGCCCUGCAGUUCAUUCAAAUGCUUCGUCCGCCUCUCGAAGCGGUGAUCUUGGGAGCAGUAAGUCCGGAAAUUCUUCCGUAUUGCAAGCCCAUUAUUCUGCUUUAAAUCCGGGACAGAAUCAUGGUAACAGAGUUUCCCUUGGUGCGAAUGUAAAUCUGACUGGGAAUUCGGUGCCUACCUCGUAUGAAGCAUUACCAACAUUCAGGGAUGUUCCUAAUUCUGAGAAGCUGAACUUGUUUAUUAAAAAGCUGAAGAUGUGCUGUGUUGUGUUUGACUUCACUGACCCAACUAAGCACACCAAAGAAAAGGAAAUUAAGCGGCAGACCUUGGUAGAAAUGGUAGACUAUGUGACUUCUGCCAGUGGUAAAUUCCCAGAAAUUGUAAUACAAGAAGUUGUAAAAAUGGUAACUGUAAAUAUAUUCAGGACGCUUAGUCCUCAACCGCGUGAGAACAAAUUUGUUGAAGCCCUUGAUGUGGAGGACGAGGAGCCUUCCAUGGAUCCUGGUUGGCCUCACUUGCAAAUUGUGUAUGAGCUUUUUCUAAGAUUUGUGGCGUCACCUGAGCUGGAUGCAAAGUUGGCUAAAAGAUAUGUUGAUCAGUCCUUCAUAUUGAAGCUUCUGGAUUUGUUUGACUCUGAAGAUCCUAGAGAACGAGAAUAUUUGAAAAUGACUCUACACCGCAUUUAUGGAAAAUUCAUGGCGCAUCGCCCUUUCAUCAGGAAAGCUAUCAAUAACAUCUUUUAUCGUUUUAUUUUUGAGACGGAGAAGCAUAAUGGAAUUGCCGAAUUUUUAGAAAUUCUGGGGAGCAUCAUUAAUGGUUUUGCACUACCAUUGAAAGAGGAGCACAAACUGUUUCUUGUUCGUGUAUUGAUUCCCCUUCACAAACCAAAAUGCUUAGCAAUGUACCAUCAACAGUUGUCUUAUUGCAUUACCCAAUUCGUAGAGAAAGAUUGCAAGCUUGCUGAUACCAUUAUUAGGGGAUUAUUGAAGUACUGGCCAAUAACAAAUAGUUCAAAGGAAGUGAUGUUCCUAAGUGAGUUGGAAGAAGUUUUGGAAGCAACUCAAUCUCCAGAAUUCCAGCGCUGUAUGGUGCCAUUGUUUCGCCGGAUAGCACAGUGCUUGAAUAGUUCACAUUUCCAGGUGGCUGAAAGGGCGUUGUUCAUGUGGAACAAUGAUCAUAUUGAGAACUUGAUAAAACAAAACCGCAAAGUGAUACUGCCCAUUAUCUUCCCAGCACUGGAGAGAAAUGCCAGAAGCCAUUGGAACCAGGCCGUGCACAGUUUGACUCUAAAUGUAAAGAAGACUUUCUAUGAUCUUGAUCCUGACCUGUUUAAGGAAUGCUUACAGAAGUACGAGGAAGAUGUAUCAAAGGAAGAUGAAGUUACAGCAAAACGUGAAUCUAUUUGGAAACGUUUAGAGGAACUUGCUGCAAAAAAAGCUUCAAGCAAUGAAGCAGUCCUUGUUCAUUCUCAAGCUUCCCCUCGUAGCUCUUCAGGUUAGGAAGAAUUGGAAUCUGUAGUAUGAUCCAAUAACUUCAUUUUUGAAAAAAAAAAAAAAUCUGAGCUGGAAUUUUAUAUUAUUUGUUCGUUUUAUUGAUGGGGUGGCUAAGAGCAGUAAUUUCAUGAAUAUUUUCUUACUUUCUCACAGAGCAAUUGAAGGGGAUGAUAGUAACACAUAAUGGAAAGCUUAGCUAGCA